GCCGACGUUCUUUUCCACACACUUUCGGCUGCUACCCCCGACUCCCUUUGAGGUGGAAUAUGGCGAGCUCCGGGGCGGCUGCUGGCAACGCCUUGUUGGCUUCUUUAUGGAGCGAAGUGAAUAAAGCAGGACAGAACGGGGAUUACACCCGGGCCCUGAAAUCCCUGACUAAGAGUAAGCUGCUAGUGCUGGGUUACAGUGAGAGUGAAUGAUGAUGAUGAUGAUGAUGAUGAUGGGGCUGGAUGAUGGGGGCUGUGUGAGUGGAUGAUGGGGGGCUGUGUGUGAUGGGGGCUGUGUGAGUGGAUGAUGGGGGGUGUGAGUGGAUGAUGGGGCUGUGUGAGGAAUGAUGCUAGUUAGUGUGAGUGAAUGAUGGGGGCUGUGUUAGUGUGAGUGGAAUGAUGGGGGCUGUGUUAGUGUGAGUGAAUGAUGGAGUGAAAUGGGGGCUGUGUUAUUGUGAGUGAAUGGGGCCAAGUAUUGUGAGUGAAUGGGGGACUGUGUUAGUGUGAGUGAAUGGGGGACUGUGUUAGUGUGAGUGAAUGGGGGACUGUGUUAGUGUGGAGUGGAAUGGGGACUGUAGUAGUGAAUGACUGUUAGAGUGAAUGGGGGGGCUGUGUUAGUGUGAACGUUGGGGGGUUAACUCACAUGGUUAUUUUACUAAUGUGAAAAAUGGAAAUUUAAAAUUUUAGACCAAAAUGGUUAAAAGAGGAGCGAGCGUAGCUGACUUGGAGAAUUAUUCCAGUGUAGCCUUAAACUUAAAAUUCACUUUGACUUGCUGACAAUUCUCAGUUUAGUAAAUAAUCUUGGUAAUGUUCAAUUUCGAAACAAGUUAUUCAAAGUUUGUGUGCGCACAUGCAUAGACUUUGAGAUCUGUCAGUUACUCGCUAAACUCCAAAUUUAUGUGAAUGAAAUCAAAAACGACAGAAAUAGCUGAUCUGAAAAUGUUGUCAGCUCAGCCGUAGUUACAGCUUGAUGCUUUUGCUUCAGUUUUGCCAUUUGGUUUUAAAAUACAACAAUUCAGAGUUUAGUUAAUAACCCUCUGUGUAGCUGCUGUAUGUACUUCCGUGGUAAAUAAAAUAAUUUAUUGAUUUAUUCUUUCAAUGUUUUUUUUUUUUGUGCAUUUAAACAUAUGGUAACAAUGUUAACAUUUAUAACUGGUUGGUUCUUUAUAAACCUUGUUUAUUGCACAUGUGGAGAUAUUGGACACCAAUUUCACAACAACAGCAUUUCCUUUUUGAAUACUGCGAGAUCGCUUUGCCCCUGUUAGAGAACUUCAGAUGAAGUGAAGGGGUAGAGUGGUGAUUGGGCACUAUUUUCCAUAGUAUGGAUCUAAACUGUUAACAGCAAUUUCAAGGAUACUAUAGUGUUGGACUACAUGUUUAGGAGUCCGCCCCCCUUCAGAAUGUUGUUUACUCACCUUGAAAACAUUGCCUCACUGGUCUCGCCACGGAUGGCCCCAGCUCCAUAGCUGAGCUCAAUCCUGGUAAUAUUCCAUUCCUGUGGGAAACCAUUUAAAGAUUAUUCCACAUAUACAGCAAAAUGCCGCUCUGCAUCAAUUUGCUUUGAAUCAGUGCAUCUCUAAGGGGGGUGUUCAUUGUCUCCAUGCAGAGCGUGGAGAUGCUGAAUGCAGGUGUUGCACAAAAUGUAGCACUGAAAUAGGAAGUAUCUCUACUGGCCGUCUAAGUGAGGUGUUACUAAGCAGCAAUGUAAACAAAGCCUUUUUUUCUGAAAAGGCAGUGUGUGCAUUGCUGAGCUGCAGGGCAAUGCUAUAGACACCAGAACUACUACAUUAAACUGUAGUGGUGCUGGUGACUAACGUGUCCCUUUAAGGUAAGACGGCAAAUAAGACCUCCUCGCACCCUAAAAACUGUGAAGAAGUUAUUCUGCCAAAAGCGUAAUUAUAUCAGGUGUUGGAGUGUGGUUUUUAACCAUAUUUAAAACAAUUUGUACUUCUUGUCAGGUAAAUAAUUGUAUUUUUUUUUUUUUUUUUAGUAUUGCAGGUGGCAAAAGAUGAUGUAACGGCUCUACAUUGUAAAGUAGUAUGCUUAAUUCAGAAUGGAAGCUUUAAGGAAGCCCUAAAUGUGAUUCACACCAACACUAAAAUUCUAUCAAGGUAACUUAUUGCUGGAGAAACAUUACAUGUAGAACUGUUGAUCUCACUAUGCUUGAUUAUCUACAAGGGAUUGACUCUUAAAAAGUAUCUCUUUGAAUGAUGUUAUGCCUAAUAUUAAAGGGACAUUUUAAGCAUGAUAACCAGUACAGUUGUAUUUGUAGUUGUUAGAAUGCAGCCCUCUCCAUUUUUUUUUCUCAGUCUGUUUUUAGAGCAGUUUGACAAAAAAAAGGCUUUCCCAUCCCGUUUGCUGCCUCCAUGAUAAUGUGGAAAUUUUAUUAAACAAACCAGUAACGGACUGUAGAGCCUAAAGGACUGGAUUUAGAAAACUGCUUAUGGGAGUGAGUUAAGGCACCCCUAAAGAAUGGGACGGUAAUAGACUAAUCUUGUAGUAAGAAUAUGCAUAUGACUACAUCUCAUCAGUGGAAAUAGUAAACAUGUCAUUGGCUUAAAUGAAGGGUGAAGGAUGCAAGCUGCUGUUACACCAGUUGCCCACAGUUGUACCUAUUACAUAAACAUAUUUUAACAAGAAAAUGAUGUAAACGUACAACAAAGAAACACACAUUUAUUCAUACUUACUUUCCCCAGUUACAGGCCAUAGCAGCACUGACCAUAGGGUUGGGUCCUCUAACUUAAUUGGACUGGAAAACCAUAAAACAGAUUAUAAAUAGCCCUUCUUGGCAUCAAGGGUAUUUACCAAAGUAAGAAUUAUCCAGAAUUCAAAGUCUCCCUCCUUCUGGUAAAAAGUAUCCCAAGGGUGGAAACGUGCACUGUCAUGGCCUUUAACCGGGGAAAAAAUAUUAUGUUUGUUAUAAAUGUGUUUUUCUUGGUUUCCAAAGAUAUCCACAGUAGCACUCACUAUACGAAAUCCAAUCAGGCAGGGAGCAGUAAAGCACCAGAAAGACAAUGCUAAGCAAUAAACAUUCAUUAGAAAAGACGAAAAAUAAAUCAAGCGAAUACUGAAGCAUUUCCUAGCCAAAUUAAUCAUUCCCUUUGCCGUAAAUAUCCAUACUGUGCCUAAUGAAAGUUCUGUAAAAACAUGUGCGUUUUAUACAUAUAUAAACCACACAGACUCCUGUUGCUGCCCAAGAGAUAGAAAGUAGCAGCAGAGAUUACUCCACUGGUUAAUACUGGACGGAUCAAUUUGUUCAGGUGUAGAUUCAAUUUGAUUCGUUUAAACCACCUGAAUUGCAUAAAUGUACAAUUCUAAUGAAUGUGUUAAUGCACAAGUGUGGCGUGGAAUGAAUCCAGCUUCUAACACGAGGAAUGCUGAGUCUGCCUCCAUUACGCAUGGGAUGGGGAUGGGUGAGAAGAUGUACCUGAAUUGUCACCAGUUCUGCUGCUACUUCCCUCCUGUCCAGUUAAGUUGGAGAGGUUACCUUUUAAGGAUGGGUUCAGUGGAUAUGGCUGGAAAACAUUUUUUCACUUUAUUUUUAGAAGUCUUUACUUUAAAGGUUUUAAUGCCUAGAAUAAAUCAGAUGGUACAUAAAAAAACAUUACUGAAACAUAAGGCUUUGUGAUUAGAAGGUUCGCCACCCGCUAACAUGGCAAUAAAGCAAUUCUUUAAAACCAAAAGGGAAAAAAAAAUAGAAUAAGUCUUAAUUUUUUUUGUUUCUCAACAGUGAUGUAAUAGCAUUUGAAAAGGCAUACUGUGAGUACAGGUUAAAUAGAAUUGAAAAUGCAUUAAAGACCAUAGAAUCUACAUCCCAGAAGUCUGACAAACUGAAAGAGCUUCAUGGACAAGUUGUAAGUGUUACAAAGUACCAGCCCUUCAAUAUAUAGCUCAGCAGAUUUUGAAUUCUAUAAAACAACUUAAAUCCUCUUUCUAUCCUCCUGUCUCUCUUUCUCAAGCUGUAUAGGUUGGAACGCUAUAAAGAAUGUCUGUCCGUGUAUCAGGAUAUCAUACGCAACUCCCAAGAUGACUAUGAUGAAGAGAGGAAAACAAACUUGUCUGCUGUCAUGGCUGCAUUGAGUCUUUGGGAGAAAGAGACGACGGUAAUAUUUUUUUCAAUUUUAUUUCUUGUAAGCAAACCUAACAUAGCUCCCUUUGUCUCCCCAAUCCUUCUAAACACUCCCCCCUCCCUCUCACCCCAACCACCUAGACCAAUAAAGAGUUAAUAAAUAAAUUGGCCUAGAAAGCUGGAAGUGCCACUAGAGGCUGUCUUAGUGCUGCAGUGUGUGUAGUACCAAGUGUGACCGUAACACUGCACCCAGACCACUUCAAUGAACUGAAGUGGUCUGGGUGCCUAUAGUGUCCCUUUGAGAUAAAACAAUUGGGUUGCAAUUUCAUUGAUAUUUUAAAUGGAAUCAGAAGAUAUAUACAUAAUAAAAUAGGGAGGUACAUUUUCUCAUGUAAGUUUUUGGCCACCUGUUGCACAGGACAUAUCAUUAAGCAGCUUUCCCAAGAGUACAUAAGUGGUGCUAGUUACUGACUGGUGUACGUGCAGAGAUUCAUAUUUAAAUCUUUGAUUUUGUGCAGGGACUUAAUUAUAUGUGACUAAUUUUGUGAAAAUAUUUUGUCCUUACUUGGCAUGCGUUGCGUAGUGCUUAUGGGUUUAAUUGGCUUCUGUUGCAGGCAGUUCUGUGAGCCCUCCUGCAAGUAGAAGCCAUCCACUCCCACAACCCUCUGUACAGCCUCUCUCUCCUUCUCAGCAAAUGGGCUGAGGGUAGGAUUUAGGAGCAAUUUUAGAUGUCACUCAUCUAGAUUGCCGUGAACACAAACUGGUGACAAGAUAUAGGUGACAAGUGCCAAAUAAGACAUUUGUACUUAAAAUUAACUCAUUCCAAAAAAGGAUUGAGGUAACUCUUUAAAAUCAGAGGUUAAGCGGUUUUUCAACAGUUUAACCCCAACGUUGGUCCAUUGUCACAUGACACCUCUGCCUCCUAACUUCCUACCUCCUGGCCAGAGCAGUAUGAGGAGAGUUUGCUGAACAGCCAGUGGUGCUCCUAGCCUAUCACAUGCCACCCAUUGAGAGAAAUAGUACAGGAGGGGAUCAAUGUUGUGGUUAAACCAUUGGGGAAUUGUUUAACCCCCUUAAAGUAAGACAGCAUCCAGGCACUCUGGUACUUUUGGUUAAAUGAUCACAAUUUGCAUUAAAGUAUUUGCACCAACCAGUUGAAUCUGGUAUAGAAUUUAUAUACAAAAAAAAAUCUCUUGGUUACUUUAACCCCUUAAGGACCAAACUUCUGGAAUAAAAGGGAAUCAUGACAUGUCACACGUCAUGUGUCCUUAAGGGGUUAAUGCAUAAAGUGAGUUGGCACUAAUAGUUUUGUUUUUGGUUUAAUUAAACUGACACUAAACACCAAAACCCACUAUAUCUUGUAGUGUAUUUGGUGCAAAUACCCUGCCACUGCAGUCUAUCAAAUGUAAACUUCCAGUCAGAUAAUCACUAGAGGCAAUAAAUGAAAGUCUUGGCAUUAUUUGGAUUCAGUGCUUCAUAAGAAGCAUCUGAUCAGCUGGGUGCCCAGUUUUUCUUUCUGAAAUGCAUUUAAUUGGAUAAAUCUCAACAAUCACUAUGGUCAGCAAAGGAGGAGCAUUUGGAAAAGAGACUGCACAGAGUUUUAUUUUAUGGGUGAGGGUGGUGCGUUCUAUUAAAGAUAAGGAAGCUCCAGCAUUAAAAAUGCGUUUUAUAUUUGUAAUUGAUCCUUUAAUGAAAUUACAUGUGAAUUGUCUGGUGGCCCUUGACUCUUGUAAUCUACAUACAUUGUUUUGUAAUUGUGCUUUUAUUUAUUUAUUUUUUUUCUUCAUAUUGCUGCAGGAGGACUUUGACUUGCAAGAGACCACAUAUGAACUUUGCUACAAUACUGCCUGUGGACUGAUAGGUCAGGGAAAGCUAAAUGAAGCAAUGAAGAAACUGCGAGAAGCUGAAGGUGAGGGUCUUACAUUCUUUUCUGUUUUAUUUCAGUUGAUUUAAGAAAUACAGUUACAUUUAAAUUGAAAGGGAAAAUAUCUUGUUGAUGCUAGGGAAUUUGCUCAUCUUCUCCAAAAUCAAGCUUAAUAAAAAACGUGGCUGAUUGUUUUGGGGCAAGAGUAUGCACCCUCAGCACUCUAGAUGUUGUAGACUACAUCUCCUGUAAUGUUCUUAUUGCCAUAAUGCUGGCAAAGCAUCAGGUGAGUUGCAAUCCACAACAUCUGGAGUGCCGAAGGUUGCUUACCCGUGCUGUAGGGUCACCAAAUGGAGCAAAUAUUUCAUAUAUUGCUUUCAGGGUGUUGGUGUUGACAAAUACACCUAACAAAAAAAAAAAAAAAAGCCCAUCUUUUAAAUGAAUUGCUUGUAUGUACAAAGCAAGGAAAUGAGUAACUGAACUCUCUUGACGAAUUACCUUUUCCCCCUUCUCUUUUCUCAUAGAACUCUGUAGACAGUCCAUUUCCGAGGACAGCGUGAGUAUAUUGUUUGUUUUUAUUGUGCUGAUGUUUCAUAAGACCUGAGUAUACCAAUCUGGAUUUCAUGCACAUUUUCAUUACACAUUACAGGGGAUACUCGAAAAAUUUGAAUGUUGUGCAAAAGUUCAUUUAUUUCAGUAAUGCAACGUAAAAGGGGAAACUAAUAUAUGAGAUAGAUGCAUUACAUGCAAAGCAAGAUAGUUCAAGCCGUGAUUUGUCAUAAGUGCGAUGAUUAUGGCUUACAGCUCAUGAAAACCCAAAUCCACAAUCUCAGUAAAUUAGAAUAUUACAUGCAAUCAAUAAAACAAGGAGUGUACAUAGAACAAUAUCGGACCUCUGAAAAGUAUAAGCAUGCAUAUGGACUCUGUACUUGGUUUGGGCCCCUUUUGCAGCAGUUACUGCCUCAAUGCGGCGUGGCAUGGAAGCUAUCAGCCUGUGGCACUGCUGAGUUGUUAUGGAAGACCAGGAUGCUUCAAUAGCGGCCUUCAGCUCUUCUGCAUUGUUCGGUCUCAUGUCUCUCAUUUUUCUCUUGGCAAUGCCCCAUAGAUUCUCUAUGGGGUUCAGGUCAGGCGAGUUUGCUGGCCAAUCAAGCACAGUAAUCCCACGGUCAUUGAACCAGGCUUUGAUGCUUUUGGCAGUGUGGGCAGGUGCCAAGUCCUGCUGGAAAAUGAAGUCAGCAUCCCCAUAAAGCUCGUCUACAGAAGGAAGCAGGAAGCAUGUAGAUAGCUGUGUUGGACCAACACCAGCAGAUGACAUGGCUCCCCAAAUCAACACAGACUGUGGAAACGUCACACUGGACUUGCAUUGUGUGCCUCUCCAUCAUUGGUUUCCAAAUGAGAUGCAAUAGUUGCUCUCAUGAGAAAAGAGGAUUUUGAACCACUGAGCAAUAGACCAGGUCUGUUUUUCUUUAGCCCAAGUAAGACACUUCUGACGUUGUUUGUUGUUCAGGAGCGGCUUGACAAGAUGAAUACGACAUCUGAAGCCCAUGUCCAGGAUCUGUCUGUGUGUGGUGGCUCUUGAUGCACUGACUCAAGCCUCAGUCCACACCUUAUGAAAAUCUUCAACACAUUUGAAUGGCCUUUUCCUGACAAUCCUCUCCGGGCUGCGGUCAUCCCUGCUGCUUGUGCACCUUUUUUUCCACACUUUUCCCUUACACAUAACUUUCUAUUAAUGUUCUUUGAUACAGCACUUUGGGAACAUUACCUUUUGAGGCUUUUCCUCCUUAUGGAGGGUGUCAAUUAUGGUUUUCUGCACAACUGGCAGGUCAGCGGUCUUCCCCAUGAUUGAGAUUCCUACUGAACCAGACUGAGAAACCUUUUGCAGGUGUUAUGGCUUACUUAGCUGAUUAAAGUGUGACACUGUGAGCCUAGAAUAUUGCACCUUUUCACAAUAUUCUAAUUUACUGAGAUUGUGGAUUUGGGGUUUUCAUGAGCUGUAAGCCAUAAUCUUAGCACUGAUGACAAAUCACGGCUUGAACUAUCUUGCUUUGCAUGCAAUUUGUCCAUCUCAUAUAUUAGUUUCCCCUUUUACGUUGCAUUACUGAAACCAAUGAACUUUUGUACGAUAUUCUAACUUUUCAAGCAUCACCCGUAUCUGCAUUGGUAGUGAUUUAAAAAAAAAAAAAAAAAAGCAAAAAUAAAAAUUUGAAAUGUUUAGUUUCUGAAAUUCUAUUUUUAAAAAGCAACAAUAUAUUUCAGUUUAAAAUAGUCACUGUUUGUAAUCAAAAUUGCUAUUUUAAUUUAUUAAAAAAGUAAGACUCUGCCAACUAUUGUAGUGUGGCAAAUGUGACCUUUUUAUCCAGACACUGGCAUAUACUGAGGCAGUGGGGGGGUGGGGGAAAACUAUGCUUUAAGUUGUCACGUCAUUUAACAUGACACCAAAUAGCCAAUUAAAGGGUUACCUGAAGCAUCAUAACCACUUCAGCCUGCUGUAGUGGCAAUGAUGCCAGGUGUAACCUUUCCCUGUUUCUCAAUAAUGGGGCAAACCAGCAGUCGGCCAGACCUGCAAAAACCGAAAGUCUAUCCCACUGGCCAUACAUUAACCGAAAGCAUCAACUGACCACUCUCCAAUUAAUGCAAUCCUGUGCAUAGGAACUGGCUGGCUAAUUACGUCCCUGUGAUGCUGAUGUCGGGGGAAUUACACCUCAGCCAGCAAAGUGGAUAAUCUGUGUGUAGCGAUUCAAAUCGAAAUGCUGCAUGUAUAGAUUACAGGCACCAUGGCCAUUUGAAUUACUGAAAUGGUCCCUAUGUUGCAUUGGGGGGGUUAUCUUUUAACUGCAGUUCUGUAAUAGUUUUAUUUGGUACAUAUCCAAUAUCACUGCUAAGGUCCAUCCAAUCUUCAAACAUUGCCAUAUCAUCUUAUGACUUACUCCUAUUCAGAACUUAUUAUAUGUGAAUCUGUACUUAAUGGUGUAAAUUUUAUACUGGCUUUUUUUUUUUUUUUUAGGAUUUUUCUGAAGAAGACAUAGAAGCAGAGUUGGCCAUAAUUCAUGGUCAGAUGGCAUAUGUUCUGCAAUUGCAAGGCAAAUCAGAGGACGCUAUUCAACUUUACAAUCAAAUCAUCAAAUUAAAGUAAGAUAACCGUCAAACUCCUUGUUUUGAUUUAAGAUUUUUGUUUCUCAUUCAAUUUUAAAUCCUUUAUUUCUCUUACAGGCCUACUGAUAUUGGGUUGUUGGCUGUUGUGGCAAAUAACAUCAUAACUGUUAACAAGGUAUAUCUCAGAAAGCAACUUUCUUCCAAACAUUGAUCAUUUUUAUGACAUUACUGCAAUAUUAUAGUUCAUGACCGUUUUGUUUUUUUUUUUAGUUGUUUUCCAGGCCCUGUUUACAUGCACUAAUGAACAGAAUUGUGUUAUGAAAGUUAUAUUAUCAUUUUGUUCAUGGAGUGAGAUCUUGAGGCUUAUUUCCUAGAAAAAUCCUAAAAACUUGUUUUAUUGUUACUGUUUUUGCAUUUAAGGACCAAAAUGUAUUUGAUUCUAAAAAGAAGGUGAAGCUUACAAAUGCUGAAGGAGUGGAGCACAAACUUUCUAAGCAUCAACUUCAGGCUAUUGAAUUUAACAAGGCUUUACUUUCAAUGUACACAAAUCAGGUAUGAAAUGUGAAUGUAAAACUUCAUUUCUAAUUAGUUUAAUUGUGUCUGAAUGUUUGUAGUCGUAUAAUGUUUGUGCUUAUUGAUUUAUGACUUCCAUAAAAUGAGCUAUUUUCUGCAUUCUUUAGGCAGAACAAUGUCGAAAAUUAGCCACCGGUUUGCAGGCACAAAAUCCAGAGUAUCUUCUUCCAGUACUCAUUCAAGCUGCCCAGCUAUGUCGAGAAAAGCAACACUCAAGAGCAGUAGAUUUGCUUCAGGUAUGACUAAAUCUAUACCUGCAUUUAUAACCUUUUGUAACAUCCAUCGUGAUGGGGAUUAAGGUUUGGAGCAUUGCAAAUGCUUUCUUAUUUUAGCUAUAGUAUUUUACAUUUUAUCAGAAAUUAAGUGUCAGCCUUAAGCAUAACCACUACAGCCAUUGGUCCAUUCCAUCCUGUCCCAUGUUGGGUAGUCAAACAGAUUUUGUUUUUCACUAUUUAUAGGUAUGUGUUUUAAGUAAAAUUUACUUUUUUAUUCUAUAAACUACUAACAUUUCUCCCAAAUUCCAAUAAAAUAUAUUGUUUUAAGAAUUUAUUUGCAACCAAAAAGAAAAAUUGUCAAACAAAAAAAAAAGCGAAUAGAAGGAAACAAAAAAAAUUUGUCACUCAAACCACAACAAAGUGGGUGAGUGAAAGCUAGACAGUAGGUAAGUAUCUUAAGUUUAGCUGGACCAGCACUAAAUGUACAUAUAUACACACACGUCUCAAAACUAGAAACAAAGUAAGAAAAUGACUAACCUUAUAAGGCUACUCCACUAACUCAUAAUGGGAGUAUAGGGUCAUCCAGAACUAGCCUUUUAAGGCUUCUCCACUAACUCAUAAUGGGAGUAUAGGGUUAUCUAGCUAAACGUAACACGAUACUUAACUACUGUCUAGCUUUCACUCACCCACUUUGUUUUGGUUUGAGAGACUUCAAUUUUCUUUUGGUUUUCUGCUAUCCAUAUAUUAUAGGGUUAAGCCCUGCAGACACAGCUGGAGUGUCUUUACUGGUGCAUAGAUCCUAAGUAGUGUUCCUUUAGGUAUCUGAUUAUUUGUUUGGUUUAAAAAAAAAAAAAAAGUGUGUUCAGACCCUUUAUUAAUGCACAUCAAACCAAACUGGUUUAUAUCCAUUUUUAAACACAAUGAUAAUAUUUUAACUUUGAAAGAGUUAAAUAUUUGAAGUAAGUUUUUUGGCAUGCUUUCCACCAGUCUUUAGUAUUGCUGUUGGAUGACUUUAUGCCUACAAGAACCCAGGCUUUGUUUGAUGGUUUCUGACCAUCCAUAUUCCCAGGGACGUAUUAGCCGCGAGGCAAACAAAGCAUUUGCCUUGGGCGGCAUUUUUCAGGGGGCGGCAAAAAACGCCGCCCCCCAAAUGCCCAGGGCAAAUGCCUAGUUAGCCUCGCGGCUAACUGACAUGCAGGGCGAGCUGGUGGCGCUGGUAGCUGUGCGGGCGGCUGGCGAGGGAGCUCUUCCUCUGACGUCAUAUUCCAGCUCCCAGCCUCACUCUGCGGCGCGCGAGGGAGCUGAGCAGUCAGCUCGGAGGAAGAGCUCCCUCGCCAGCCGCCCAGCCCGACCGGCAGCCACUGGACCACCAGGGAGAGAGAGACACCCCCCCCAGCACUCCUAAAAGUAAGGGGGGGGUUGAAAAAAAGUUAGUGUGUCUGACUGUGUGUGUGUGUGUGUGUGUGUGUGUUUGCAUUUAGAAGGGGGGGAAGGGUUGGGUGGGGGUGGCACGGGGGGAGAGGGGCGCCUGAGUUUUGUCCUGCCUAGGGCAGCACAAAACCAGGAUACACCACUGCAUAUUCCUCUUGCUUACAUUCCAGAGGUUUUUAAUGGGGUUCAGGUCUGGAGAUAGGGCUGGCUGUGACAGGGUCUUAAUCUGGUGGUCCUCCAUCCACACAUUGAUUGUCCUUGCUCUGUGGCAUGGAGCAUUGCCCUGCUGGGGAGGAAUCCUUAUUUUGUUUUCUUCCUUUGCACGACUUCAGCCCUGCACCCAGAAGGCAAUUUCAAACGGUUUUCACUAUACACUUUGCCAUUACAUUUUUGGAAGUUACCUGAUGCCGUCCUAUAGUUGUUGAGUGAUAUUCGAAUGAGCUGGUGGUCAUCCCCGUCAGUGGAGAAUUGUAUUUACCCUCUGCCGAUCUGUUUGUUGUCACCAAUGUCUGCUGCUUGACCUCGUUCUUGGCAACCUUGUCUUUGAAAUUUGACGAUGGAAGCAACUAGACGCUUACCGUAUUUUUCUGCUAGUAAAGGCAGAAUUAAACCCUUUUCCUCACUCAAAACCUUUCUUUUCAACUCUUUUGGUUUGGUCAAUAGUUACUUUUUGAUUCAAUUUACUUUUGAGGUAAAUUUUUCUAUAGUUUUUCUGUACUUUUCUUCAUUCUAUAAGCUUUGGUUCAGGUAAUCAUCUAAUCAGUACAUCGUUACGUUGAAGAGGUGUGCCUGUGUUAGAAUUCAACAGCAACUGAAAUGGAAUUGCUAUCAUGCAUGUAGAGAUGGCAAUUUAGGAACAAAUUGGAAUGAUCUCUUCUUUUUCUCCAGAAUUGUGUGUGUGUGUAUAAAAUUAUUUAUGUAAUAUGUGACAUAUUACUCUACAGAGCUAGUGAUGCUUCAUAAACAGGACUUCCCUGGAAGAGCCUUAACGGCGAAACGCGCAUCGGGACAUUACUCUGUAUGGUGUUGGUCCAGUUGAUAAGGGAACAUGCCUUGAUACUAUUAGAUUACACCACCCAUACAAGAUUUAUUUUAUCUUUUAUUUCUUUAUCAUUUUUUGUUUACCAUACUGCAUUUAUUUAACUUCGAAAAGAGGAGGGGGUUACUAGCAUUUUGUAAGGGGUGCCCUCGAAGGCACAGCAGAGUAGGGAAGCUAGUCUUUCCUAUUCACUUUCUCUCCUCGAUAACCACCUCGAUCUCUGGCAGGACUAACAGUUUUUCUACUAUUUGUUAUCUCCCCUGUCUGGGUUAUUUGACAAGCAACAUAUGUGACUUUCAGCUUGUAGUUACAUUUGUUGCUAAUCCUGUAUCAAUUCCUUGCAGUAGUCCCUCUAAGCUUCCAACUAUCACGGUUUUGACAGUGAGACAUUAUUGGACUGAUAUCUAUAUUCUUUUGAGUUUAUUCAUUUAUAUUUUUUUUCUUGCUUCAAUUAUUAUUUAAUUUUCUAUCUAUUCAUUCUGAAUAUUUAUUUUGAGAGUAUUACUCAGAUACUUUGUAUACUCUGUGCUUUAUGCACCUAUGGGGAAUUUAUUUCUCCUUAUACAGGCAGAAGUUAUAUUUAUUCUGCUGACUAUUUUUAUAUUUGAUUUAUUAUUUUUUUACUCAUUUCUUUUACUAUAUUUAUUAAAAGUUACGUUUUAAUUUGGGUUACUCACUUUCCAAAGGGGCUCACCUACUAAACAGUUUACCCCUUGGUUUUUCUUUUCUAUACUUUGGCUUAUUCAUAAACAGGACAUUCUGUGGUGGCAUAAGUACUUGAAAGUAUGACGGCAAAAUGUUGCAUUUGUAUCUUAACUGAGUAAGAAGAGAAUAAAUUUUUUUUUGUUUGUUUUACUAGGAAUUUGCAGAUCAGUAUCCCCUAAAUGCAGCACAACUCAAGCUAACCAUGGCCCAGCUGAAACUUGCACAAGGUAUGUAGUAGCAGUCACCAUAGCCAUAGAAAGACAUUUUAAUUGUUACACAUUCCCUCUUACAACUACUGUAAACUGCUUUUUGUUUUGUUUUUUUAAAGAGAUAUGAUUGAUGUUACAGCUUAAUUCUAUUAUUCUCUCUGUUUAGAACAAUAGUUGCCAGAGGGUUAACAUGGUAAAUAAAAUCAAACUGGACAUGCUUUUACCCCUCUUGGGCACCAACAUGUUGGCUAAUAUAGUGCAGGUCUCUGUCUUGCUGCUACAGCCAGCUUCCCAUAAGAAGAAUCAACAUCUAAAAUGAAAUAUGUGCUAUACGUUUUGCAUUUGAAAUGUGAUCUAAUACAAUAGAGGGAGCACUGUGUGAGGAACUUUGGGUUUUUUCUGUGUGACUGGUAUGUGGAAAUACUCUAGUGUUAAAAUCGAUUUUUCCUUUAAAGAUGCAAGAUUUAGUAAAAUAAAAGCACUCUGUAAAAUUGUUUGUGUUUAAAUAUAGGUAAUGUCACCAAGGCCUGCAUGAUUCUCAAAAGCAUUAAAGAACUCGAGCAUAAGCUCGGAAUGGUGAGUAACUAGUAUGAAUAAAUUGGUAUGAUCUUGUGACCUACAAUGGAUAUGUUACGUUUUCUAAUAUGCCAGCCAGGGUUCAAAAUUUCCAGUAGCCACUGGCGAUUGACAAUUCAGCCUCAGCAAGUAGAAAGUCACUCCUGCUAAGUGUGCCAUGUCUUGCACACUAACCAGGAGUUUAGGCCUGGCUUAUAAUGUACGACUUGAAAUGUUGAGCACAGAUGCCAGCAUUAUUAAAAAUGCGGGACAUAUUCUUAAUGAUUCUUUUGGUAAUUACAUACAAAACUGUUUGCAUAAUACAUAUGUAUUUUGUUUCUCAUUUUCUUCAGCAAUGUUUGUUCAUUAUGCAGUUAUACAGCAUUCUGUAUGUUUUGUCUUUCUGUGCUGAUUUUUCCAGCUUCCCUUAUGCAUUAUUGAAUACAAACUGUAGCUUACUGUAUAAGUAGUUCUGUUUAGGAAUUUAAGCACACUUCUUCAGUUCCAGAUAAAACAUCUCCAUUAGUAUAUUAGACUGUUUUUUCCAUAAGAGAAAGUCCAGUAAGAGAGACACAACAAUCCUUAAUAAAUUGUAAUUUUUUUUUUUUUUUUACUGAAUAAAUUUAAAGGACCACUAUAGUGCCAGGAAAACAUACUCGUUUUCCUGGCACUAUAGUGCCCUGAGGGUGCCCCCACCCUCAGGGUCCCCCUCCCGCCCGGCUCUGGAAGGGGGAAAGGGGUUAAAACUUACCUUUUUCCAGCGCUGGGCGGAGAGCUCUCCUCCUCUGAUCCUCCUCUUCUCCUCCCCGUCGGCUGAAUGCGCACGCGCGGCAAGAGCUGCGCGCGCAUUCAGCCGGUCACAUAGGAAAGCAUUCAUAAUGCUUUCCUAUGGACGCUGGCGUGCUCUCACUGUGAAAAUCACAGUGAGAAGCACGCAAGCGCCUCUAGCGGCUGUCAAUGAGACAGCAGCUAGAGGAAAUAGGGGAAGGCUUAACCCAUUCAUAAACAUAGCGGUUUCUCUGAAACUGCUAUGUUUAUGAAAAAAUGGGUUAACCCUAGCUGGACCUGGCACCCAGACCACUUCAUUAAGCUGAAGUGGUCUGGGUGCCUAGAGUGGUCCUUUAAUCUGCACACUGGGCAUUAACAGACCGUAUAAUUGACUAUAGUUUUUAAUAUUUCAUUUUUUUUUUUUUUUUUUAAGGUGUCUGCUCUAGUUACUAUGCAUAGCCAUGAUGAAGACAUCGACAGUGCCAUUGAAGUAUUCUCACAGGCUAUUAGCUGGUAUCAGGAAAAUCAAGUGAGUCACUUACAAAAUAGAGUUUAUGGCAUGUUGGUGAUGUGUUUAUUGGUGUCUCUGUGCUCUGUGUUGAGACCUAGAGCCCUCAUUUGCAGGAGUUCAAUAGUUGUAUUUUCCAUAUAAACUUCUCAAAAUGUGAAAUCUUUCAAGAGAACUUGACUUUUGGAUUACAUUCAUUUGCCCAAGCUGUUUUGUCAGUUCUUAUCAAGUGAAUGAGAAGCUGUUUGUGGUUCUCGUAUAUGUACACUUAUUAAUUUGAAAGCGAAACUACGGAGUAAUUACAUUAAUAACUCGCCUAAGGAAAGUGGGGGACACUGUUUGAGCCAAUAGUAUAUAUUGACAGGGUAUUAAGAAAUGUGUUGCAUUUUGUGUUUUCUCUUAUUUCACUGUCUUUAUAUUUUUGACAGCCAAACUCUCCAACACAUUUGUCUUUAAUACGAGAAGCUGCUAAUUUCAAACUAAAGCAUGGAAGGAAAAAAGAAGCUAUCAAUGAUCUUGAACAAUUAUGGAAGUAAGUGUAAUAGCUUGUAUACACUGUAGUAACUAUUUACAACAAUAUAAUUAACCACCUGGACAGAAAUAACAAUAAUAAAUCUCUGUGUAAUAUUGAUUCACUAAAAAAAAUAAAGCCGACUUGAUACUCUACUGCAGGCUUCCCCAAACGCCGGCCCUCUAGAUGUUGCUGAACUACAACUCCCAUGAUUCUGUGAAUGAAAUAGGCUGAGAAUCAUGGGAGUGUUAGUUCAGCAACAUCUGGAGGGCCGGAGUUUGCGUAAGCCUGCUCUAAUGGGUAUCUAGGUACAAGUAUCUUGAAUCUUCGCACAAAAUAAACUCAGUAAACUAGAAAUAACCGUAAAUCAUAUAGUUACUUGACCUCACUCCACUAAAGAAAAGCAUUAAUAUUAGUAAAGUUCCAAAGCAAGUAUUGUGUAUAUACAGUUCAUUCAGAAAACUUUCAUACGCCUUCAUUUUUUUUCUUCACAUUUUUAUGUUGCAACCUCAUAUUACAAAUCUUUCAAUUAUUAUUUUUUUUUUGUUUUUUUACACACCAAUCUACUCUCAGUACCCCAUAAUGACACACAUGCACACAAAAACAGAUUUUUGAAAACGUAAUAAAUGUAUUAAAAAUAAAAAAAACUUAAAUAUUACUUUGACAUUACUACUCAGACCCUUGGCUAUGGUGCUUCAAAUUUAGCUCAGAUGCAUCAUGUGUCUAUAGAACUGAUAUCUUUGAGAUGUUUCUGCAUUGUGAUUGAUUCAAAUCAGUGCCGCAGGUUUAAUUAAAUCUGUCUAAGGUCUCACAGCUGUAAAAUGCAUAUCAGAGCAAAAACCAAGCUAUGAUGAAUACUGCCUACAAAGCUCACAGAAAGAAUUGUGUUGAAGCAUAGAUCUGGGGAAGACUGGAAAAUCAAUUUGCAGCUGCAAGGUUCCCAACAGCACAGUGGCCACCAUAAUUCUUAAAUGGAAGUAGUUCGGAACAGACAGAACUCUCACUCUGGGUGAGGUCCAGAGAUCAUAUGUGUAGGUGGGAGAAACUUGCCUUUAUAGCAGAUUGGCCAAACAGAAGCCUCUUCUCACUGCACGAUACAUGAAAGCCUAUUUGGAAUUUUCACACAAACAAAACCACCCCUAUAUAAUCCUGAAAGUAAUAUUUUUUGGAGGACAUUACAUGUUCCCGCCAUAACAAUGACCUCUGUCACCCCCCACACACACACACAUACGCAAACCCCUUUUUUGUUCUAAAAAUGUAUAUUGCCCCUCCCUUACCACCCUUUUUUAUUUUGUUUUUACUUGCAGCAUUGUGGGCACGAAGUGCAUGUGUGGCAAGCUUUGAAAAAUGCAUUGAAUCCAAAAAAGUGUUUAAUGAUUGGGGAGCUAUUGAUUGGGUUAGAGUAGUCAGCUGACUCCCUAAGCCAAUUAGCUGUGCCCAUGCCCAGCGGAAGUCUGUUGACAUGUGAUAGCCUGAUCCAAUCACAGUACUUCCCUAUAGAAUUGGCUGAGACUGAUAAGGAGGCAGAUCAGGGGCAGAGCCAGCAUGAUUCAAACACAGCCCUGGCCAAUCAGCAUCUCUUCAUUGAGAUGAAUUGAAUCAAUGAUUCUCUAUGAGGAAAGUUCAGUGUCUGCAUGCAGUGGGAGGAGAUACUGAAUCACAGGAUGCUCGUGCACAGCAGAUCUGAGUGGAUGGAGUAUAUAUUAUGCCUCCAUCAACUCAGAAGUCCCUCUGGUUCACUCUGAGUGACUGCAACUGGAAGUGUUCCUAGCUUUCAAUGUAAACACUGUAUUUUCUGAGAAAAUACAGUGUUUACAUGAGAGGCUGCAGGGAGCUAUAGUUCUCACCUGAACAACCUCAUUAAGCUGAAGUUGUUCAGAUGACUAUAGUGUCCCUUUAAUAUAUUUAUCAACCCAUUUUAAUUUGAAUAGUAUGUACUGUACAACAACCCUGUAAUUUUACUCCAUCAUCUUUAGCAUGUAAGUUUGUUUGAGCUGGGCCUUAAUUGCCUCUUAUUCUAUGUAUUCCAAAUUAUCUUGUAUUUCCUUGUGUGUGUAUAUACCAUCUAACCACUGUACAGUAUUUCAAGUGUGCACAGUUUAAAUUAUAUUUCCACCUUACAUUUAAACGUGUUUCAUUGCUUUACAGACAGAAUCCAAAAGACAUUCAUACGUUGGCUCAGCUCAUCUCUGCUUACUCACUUGUAGAUGCCGAGAAAGCAAAAGUGUAUCCUUUUUUGCAUAAAUCAUAGCUUUAUAAGAGAAUCACUGAAGUUUGAAGACAUAAAGUUCAAUUUGAGUGUAAGCCUCCAGUUAAUGGGUCGUCUUGCAUUGUUUCUUUGAAAUCAAAUUUUAAAAAUAUAUAUAUUUAUAGUGUAUGUAUUAAAUUUAUAUUGACGGAAGCUGUAUGGAGGGCGGAGGGCUGCAGUGAGGGAGAGAGUGGAGACACAAGCUUCACAGACACAGAACCUGCAAGCAGAGAGUGUCUGCAUGCUGACAACAGCCUACAUUUGCACAGAAUUGACAUUAGGCAGCCCAGAACAGAAUUCCAGGCUGCCAGUCACAUGUACAGGACUUGCAACUAGACCCUGGCACAAAAGGGCAAAUCUCUCUGGAUGUGCAGUGUUUCAAACUUUCAUACACAUUACGUUGUCAUGGACGUUUGGAUAACGCUUUUAGUGUUUAGUCUAGCCUAGCAAAUGUUGUUGGUUUAACGUCUAUUUAUUUUUGACAAGUAAACGUCAUAUUUUUGUUAUAGACGGCAUACAGUAUAUACAUUGUUUACAUUUAACUGAUGACCUGCUUCAGUUUCCUUAGCAGCAUAAAAUCAGACUUAGUAAACAUUUGCCUCCUUCUGACACCAUGACCUUGAAAGUGGAUGUUGAUGCCUUGGAAAACUCUACUGGUGCAACAUUUAUACGGAAAAAGGCAGCAAAAAUUGCUGGAGAACAAACCAAAGAACAAGGGUAUGAUUUUGGGGAAUCUUUUUUUUAAAUACUGUAUCUAACACUGAUUCUGUAUUGUAGAGAAUGCAGUGUAAAUCUCACAACAAUAAACACUUCCUCUAGAAAGGAAAGAGGGAUGUAUGCAAAAUAAUCUACUUAAAUACCCCUUUUAUUCCGCAGCAAAAAUUUUGGAUGAGUACAAAUCUUUGUGCUGGCAGGAAAUUAACAUUCACAACUCUUUGCAGAACAUGUCCGUCAUAUUGUGAUGGCCUAACAAAGGCCAAUGAGAGGAAUAGCCAUGUAUUUAAAAAGGCAAAUGCAAAACAGAUUAAAUUAAAAUUAAAUAGUCAAAAUAAUUAUGAAUCCUAACGUUGCACAAUUUAACUACAUUGUAUCUGUGACAAUCUGGCUAUGCUAAACAAAGAAAUAAAUCUCUAGACUGGAGCAUGCUAGGUGUAAAAUGAGAAAAUAUACUGGCCAGAUAUGUUUAGCUUUUUUAUUGUAUGUGCAGAGACUAUAUAUGCUUGCAUGCAAUAUCCUCAACACUCUUCUGUAAUACAUUGUGCCCUAUACUUGCAGCAUACUGAAGCAUAAUAGUGAUAUUUGCAUGCCUAGCAAAAUCGUUGCCGUGUUGGCAGUUUAUAAUUGUAUGCUGAAGACCUAAAGAUUUAGGCUACUAACGGUAAGAUAUUGGCUAGUACAUUGUAGAUGACAUUUCUCAUACUUCAGAAAAGAAGCCCUGUUUCUAACCUACAUCUUUGCUGACUGUGUAGAAAUAAGCUGCAAGUGUACCAAAUGUGACCCAUUGCUGACAGGUUCAGUUUAAUUUCAGUGUUAAUGUGUGUGUUGGUGCCUUUUUGCUGAAUUGCAAUAUAAAGAUUACAGUUAAUCCAUUUUACUUUGCUGUGUACUGUUCUUAGGCAGUUAGGUGUGGGUUAGUGCAAGUUACCAGUCGUGUUAUGACAUUUUAAGAUGGUGACUAAUGAAAUGUAAAUUCCUCCCCAAAAACACUUUUUUUCUAUGCUUUUCUACCAUAGGCAAGGGGACCUGAAGAAAAAGAAGAAGAAAAAGAAAGGCAAGAUUUUCCACUAUUUGAUUUACUAUGGAAAUGCAUUUUAAAUUAUGCCUGACUGGUCCCUCACACAAUCCAUCACGGAUUGUUACAAUUGGUCAUAUAUGUCCCAUUUAUCAGUUUUUGUGAGCACCAUUCUCUUUAUAAUGAUGCUUCCUGCUGCAUGCAAAUUCAUUCUUACUUUACAAACUUGUAACCAUUACUGUUCAUGGUGCUGUAAUUACUCUGGAUGCAGUUUGCCCCUGUGCCAUGGUCCAGGUUUAUUACAUUUGGAUUAGAGUUUAGCGUUGGGUAGCUUCGAUGGUACCUCUUGAUGUUUUGCAAGGCACGUUCUCUGAGCAAUUGCCUGCUUCUUGAGUUUAGCUCCACUGAGCUAACUAAAUCAGAAAGUAAAAUAACCGGUUUAAUGCUUGAAAGCCCGUGGGGUGUAACAAGGUAAAUUUACAAAAGUACCAAAUUCUAUUGAAAUCUGCAUUUUGUGUAAAAUGAAAAAAACAGGACACAUUAGGCAUUUCAGUAAGCCAUGAAAUGCUUUAGGGUUACAGAGUGUCCCAGUUAAGACACUAUAAACUGUAACUUCCAUCACUUUCAGACAGGCUGUGCAGUUAAAGUCCAUGACCUUUUGAAGACCAGUAUACUCCAACCCCAAAUUCCUAUAAUCUUAAACAAUCUCAUAAACCUAUUCCCGACAUCAACCUCUAAUCCAGAGGAGUUCCCUUAGCUGAUGUCCUGCUCUCCCUGUCAGAUCACCUUGUGAUCGAUACUGGGCAGCAUGCACAAACCAGCACAAUCACUUUCAGCUAUGCCUUAAAGGUAAACACGAACUGGUUCUUUUGUUUUUUUAUACGUGUAUUUUCUCACUACCAAAAAGGAUAUAGCCCCUGUUAACACUAAAAUAGCAGAUAUGCGAGUACCAUUACUACAUAUUAACGCACUUACAUGUUUUGUAUCAUUAAGAGUAUUUAGUAUUUGUUAUAUAAUUUGGAAAAAAGAAUCACAAAGUAUUCAAUUUCAAUGAAAAAUACUUUUAGUAAAUAAAAUCAAUAUAGGGAAAUUAUUGCAGUAAGUACAGCCUAAAAUUGGCAACCUGUAAUACUUAAUGCAUUGAAAGAGUGUCUGUUUCGCCAUCUUUGGGUCUCCCACCGAAAUGUUAGGAGCCAUUCAGCACACACUCAGUUUUUGUUGAUUUCAAUAAGAGAAACACUAAGCUUGUUAUGCAUUACAUUUUCAUUCUUACAUAUAUCUAUAAUAUUUUUAUUAAUUAACAAAAAAUAUUAUUUAAUAUAGGUAAACUGCCCAAGAAUUAUGACCCUAAAGUUACACCAGAUGCAGAAAGGUGGCUUCCAAUGCGGGAACGCUCAUAUUACCGUGGCAAGAAGAAGGGAAAGAAGAAGGAUCAGAUUGGUAAAGGGACUCAAGGAGCUACAGCGGCUGCAACUGCUGAAUUGUAAGUAUUGAUGGUCAAAUGGCCAUUCUGCUCAACUUAUGUUUUAUGGCUUAAUAGGAUCCAAUUAAAACUAUGGUUACUCGUAUAUUCUGUAAAUGUAAUGACUGCUGCUACUAAUGAACAUAGAAAAAAGGUCUAAUAAAUGCAUAAUAAACUGGACAGAUGAAUGGUGUUCAGUGUGGUAAGUUAAACAAAUUUAUGUUUUGAGAAUGUCAUAGAUCUUAUAAAAUGUCCUCUGUCGUUUCUUGUGUCACUCACAAACAUCCGCAAGUUUCCCUGUGUUGAUGACAAUGUGUGUUACCAUAGGCAGAGUGGUAUAUACAUAGCAAGUUUCUUUAGCUUGCUCCUAGUUUUUCCUUGUUUGAUUUCAAGAACCCGUUUAAAGGAGAACUAUAGGGUCAGGAACACAAACGUGUAUUCAUGACCCUAUAGGGUUAAAACCACCGUCCUGACCCCCUCAUGCCUCCCUAAAUAUAGUAAAAUCUUACUUGUAUUCAAGCCUGAAGCUGCAGGAUUUGUUCCUGUUUCCUUUUGACCUGCCUGUUGACAUCAUCAGAAGUGGUAGCCUGAUCCAAUCACAAUGCUUCCCCACAGGAUUGGCUGAGACUGACAAGGAGGCAGAGCCAGCACAAUUCAAACACAGCCCUGGCCAAUCAGCUUCUCCUCAUAGAGAUGAAUUGAAUCAAUGCAUCUCUAUGAGGAAAGUUCAGUGUCUGCAUGCAGAGGGAGGAGACACUGAAUGUUUGGAUGCAUUUUAGGCAGCCAUGACCCAGGAAGGAUCUCUAACAGCCAUCUGAGGCGUAGCCAGUUAAGCUAUCACUAGGCUGUAAUGUAAACACUGCAUUUUCUCUGAAAAUACAGUGUUGACAGCAAAAAGCCUCAAGGUAAUGAUUCUACUCACCAGAACAAAUUCAUUAAGCUGUAGUUGUUCUGGUGACUAUAGUGUCCCUUGAAGUUGUCUUUAUGCAUUUUAUAGGCAUUGUAUAGGGCAGUGGUUCCCAAACCAGUCCUCAUGGCCCACCAACAGUCCAGGAUUUAUGUAUUUCCUUGUUUUAUUCCAAUGGGGAUACUAUCAAAACCUGGACUGCUGGUGGGUCUUGAGGACUGGUUUGGGAAACGCUGGUAUAGAGACAUGAAAAAGGAAGACCAAUGCUUUCUGCAGGAAGCAACAAACAAACAUUGGGACAUUUCAAAGGUUCCCAUAGGUUUGUUGCUUCCUACAUAAAGCUAUGGUCAGACUAGGAAAAGCAACUGAUAUACCCCCUACAAUCCUAGCUUACCUUUGGUAUUUAGUGCAACUGAGCAUAUACCACGAACCCCUGAUGGGGGAUAUAAAGUUCUGCACCAGCAACACUUCAAUUCAUCUGACAGAAUAAAUAAAACUGCUGCUUAGACUGAUGGACAUCACACUACGGCUUCUUUCAGCUUACUGAUCGCUGGAUGGAAUCCUAUAUGUUUUGUCUGCACAAGUAUAUCUCCUACAAAUUAUGCUCUGUAGUUGCCUAUUUAGAGUAAUAUUUGUAUAUAUUGCACUGGCAUGUUUGGCACAUAUUAUACAUAUUAUAUAGUAGUUGGAUCGGCAGGAGCCAUAAAUCUGUCCAUGUUCCUGGUAUAUCGCCUGUUUCGCUUGGUUAUAUAGGCUGUUGUGGUAUCCCUAUGAAACUUUGAUAAGGCAUUUUUGUUAGUUUUUUGGGGGGCUGGGGUGGGGUGAGAGAAGGGGGUACGGUUAAAAGCAGCACUUUCUAACUGUUCAUUUUUCAUUCACCAAUUUAGUGAUGCUAGUAAAACGGCAAGCAGCCCUCCUACAUCUCCAAGACCUGGCACAGCAGGAAGUGGGGCAUCAACCAGCAAUGUUGUUCCACCCAGACAUCAAAAACCCGUGGGAGCUGGCGGCACCAAGAAAAAGCAGCAGCAGAAGAAAAAGAAAGGAGGGAAAGGUGGCUGGUGAUGAGCUGAACAAAGUGCAAAGAGAAAUCCUACAAAUUAAUUUAUGUCUUAAAACAUUUUUCAUUUUGGUGCCCUCAUCUAUUUGACUUUAAAAAAAUAAAAGUGGAUCAUUCUGUGCUUAGCUACAUAAACAGACAAAAAAAAACUAAAGUUGUUUUUAUGUUCAUAUUUUUAAUUUGCGUUCGACUAUGAAAUAGCUUCUUUACUUGUUUUUGUGUACACGUUUCCCUGCAUAAUGGUUACAUCACUGCUUUUCAGAUGAGAGAAAAAAAUAUCUGUUUUAAAGCAAUAGGCUAAUUUUUUUUUCUUAUUAUACAAAGAAAACAAUACAAGAUCGUAAUUUGUUGAAAAGAUUCUUGACAUACUGUAUAUAUUUAUGCUAUAAACAUAUAUAGAUUUGAACAAUGCCUUUUUAAUGUGAUGCCAAAGUCUGUUCCGUGGAUUUGGUUAACAUGUUGAGUGCCUACUAGAAUUAAUUCCUGAAUCCAUCUGCUAUAGACAACAUUUGGACAAUGCUUAUGUACAAAUGUUUGGUUUAAAU